AUGAGGUUUUCGUUUUUGAAUCUAACACGGAAGAACAAUGUGGAAUAUGAAGUAGCCCCUUUGUACCAGAUUGAAAGAAACCCCAAUGUACCACAGCUGCCGCUUUCCGUGAUGUUGAAUAUCACAUCCUAUGUCAACGACCGAAGAACUUUUAAUCAUCUGACGCUUGCCUGCAAAGACUUGAGAAGUCUUACUUCCGAUAACAGUGGCUUGGAAUUUUCAAGGCGACAACGAGGAACAAUACCACCACCAUGGCCAUGUACGAGAUUUUUCAAACCCAAAGCGAGUGCCAGGUGGGUCACCUGUGCCAAAUUUUCUCCCGACGAUCAAAUGUUGGCGGUAGCGGCAGGCCCUGUCAAGUUUUGGAACAGACAAUUGGGGCAAAUUGUUUCCAGAGGAAAUAACAAUGUCCGCAAUACCUCAAGUCUUACCUUAGGAUUUGUGGGAAACGAUCACCUGGUGACAGCUUCGAAACGUACUUUGAGCGUAUGGAAUUUGAGGGAGGACGGGGUGGAAGAGUGUCAAGCUCCACUCAAGAAACCUGUGGUGCAAAUGCUGAUACAUAUGAUGUCAUGUAAUUCUUCUGGAGAACCCUCGUCGACAUUAGUGAUAACUUGGGGAUAUCACGGAAUAUUGGAAUUGUGGCUUUUGUCAGCAGAUCGCCGUUCGAUUCAAUUGGAUGUGACCAUCGACUUGGACCAACUCGAUGGUGCUUCCUCAGAGGUAGUAUCAGUAUCACCAUGUGGGACAAUGAUUGCCUAUUGUAGGAAUAACUAUGUCGUGGACAUUAAAAAGCUCGAGCUUGGAAGCAACGGAGAUGGCGAGGACGAUGGCGCUUCCAAGAUUUCGUUCCAGAACCUGUUUUCAGUGCAAACCGAAAAUCGGCAGGCACCUUACACUUUAGUACGAUUUGCACCCGAUGGCAAGACGCUACUACUGGGUUCCGAAGAUGGAACUUUAUUAUUCUACAGCAUCGAAACGAAAAGGCGUGUCCACGACAUGGUUAUUAAGAAGAACAAGUGCAUCAAUUGCAUUGCCUUUUGUGAUUUAAUGGUAGCCGUGGGCUGUGGAUCCAAGAUUUAUCUUUUCCGCCGUGGCGAUUUGGAUCGAUAUGACACAUUGUUCUUUGAUCGAACAUUGCGGGGACACAGUGAUCGCAUCGAGUCUCUGGAUUUCACUCGGGAUGGACGGAAUCUAGUCUCGGCUGGUGACAAGACCUUUAUUAUUUGGGAUGUUCACUCGAUGGAUGCACUGAGUUCUGUGUAA